AUGGAAAAGUCGCGCGUGGCUCAGCCCAUCUGGCCCAUCCACGAACCAUCACAUUGCUUUGAGCACACGACAUCCGAAAACCGGAAAAUAAUUCCUAUACAGAGAAACGUUCCUGGAAUGGACGAAGGCUUACAACUCGUUUUUCGGGAUCCAUGGCAUACGAAAUUGCUUUCGGGGCCUCAUGCACUCGUUGGUCGCUCAAGUCUAAUUUCAAAUGGGACUCCUGUAGACCUGAGGGUUCUCUGUGCACGGAAUCAUGAUGGCACCCAACAAACGAAUCCGGAUGAUCUGAUCACGAAUCUGAAGGCCAUGAUUGGACUAUUUGACCGCACCUGUAUUGUGCUCGAUGCGCUUGACGAAAGCACUGGCUCAGAGCGCAAGGGCACUCUAAAAUUCUUGGCCGAAAUGAAGAGUUGGAACCCCCAAACCCCGCGCGCCCUGGCCACCAGUACACUAGACAGCGACCCUCAACUGCGGAAAUGGGGGACUAGCGAGAAAGUGUUGAUCAGAGAAAUCCUCGUCAAACAUGCAGAUGGGAUUCAGAUAGCUUUAAUACUGACGGGGACUUGGCAUGUAAGGGUUCAAUGGAUGCUGGACGCAACGUAUGGAUACAUACUGGGAAACGUCCCGGAGAAUAACCAAGAGAAGUUCCAUCGGAUCCUGCAGUUCCUAUGUGUCUCAGAGCGUCCGAUGCUUCUUAGUGAACUCACUGAGGUUGUCAAAGUGGCUAUAAAUCCUGAAAGAAAGGCGCAUUACGACUCCGGGAACCGCAUGCGCAAUCCAUGGGAUGUGCUCACAAUCUGUGGCAGUUUGGUCUCUCUAUCGGCCAGUCUAGUUGGUAGCGCUUUGCAGUUCGGCCGGAGGCGCCAUGAACCUCUCGAAACUGGCGCAGUACGAAUCAUCCGGUUAUCGCGCUUUUCCGUUGUUGAAUAUCUGUUCUCUGAACGGAUUCGAACAGGUAGAGCAUCAGUCUAUAGUGUCAAUGCCGAGCUGGCCCAUAAGUCUAUUGCCAUGGCAUGUCUUGCCUAUCUGAUGCAAGUCGACACAGACGAGCUGGAUGAGAAAGAGAUGAAAGGAGGGCAGGAUGUCUCCCUAGCUUCAUAUGCGGCACAUACAGAAUUUCCAGAUAUCUCAUGGUGGUUAUUAGCCGAGGACGCUAAGGUCACUGGUGAAGCUCAGUAA